AUGGACUUGCCUCCUGUCGACACCAAAGUUGACAUGCCCGCAAGCUCCGCUGAGGUCACUCCCACGCCGGGAGACGAGGAAAGCUCCACCAUUGCUUCUCCGACCACAACCCGUUCCUACUGCCACGCCCUCAGUGUUGAUGAGGUCACUGAACUGGCUAAGCGACUGGAUCUUACUGGUUCUGUCGAUGAGGAUACCGUGAAGAUGGCUGGAACUAGCGAGGGAUUACGAAUGGACGGCAAACAUGCGAUGAAGCCUAUCGAAGUCGACAUUCGCUCAAGCGCACAAGACGGAAGGACUUAUGUGUCAGACGAUAAAUCUGGUGGAAGUCAGCAGGACGGUGUUACUUGCACCAUCUGUAGCAAGUCCGCGACAGAAAGCUCCCCGAAGACAGCAAUUUCAGCCCAAUUUGCCAACUCGUCUACCGAAACCGCCCCCGAGUCACAGAUUGCGGCUGUCGAAAGCACUGCACCCGUGCCCACGAUCUAUCUGCCCCGUCGCCCUAAUAUCUUCCGGAAGCGCGGGAUGAAACGAGCCAGCCGACCUGUCUAUGUGUGGAGUCAGGAAUCCGGUGUACAAAAUUUUGCCAAAGACGCUGAGACGAUUGACGAUGACGAGGGAGAGGGCUUCACCGCGGAAGAUUUGAAGGAGUUCCAGUCAGCGGGAGCGGAAAAUAUGGAGAGGAAGACCGAGCGCUUCUUGCAUAUGGUCAAUCAGUAUUCCUGGCAGCCGCGCCGCGUGGAGGACUUGGGCGAGGCUUUUGCGAUUGAGGAUUAG